AUGAUUGGUCAACUACUCGGUGGACUGCACCCGAGGACCCACUUAGCCCAACGUGGUCUGACGCGGAGGCGGCGCCCGCAGCGCUCUCUACCCGUCAACUCAAAGGUCCACUGUGUCCAUAUACUUUUUCUUUCGAUCAUUACUGCCAUGGACGAUAUUGCAGUCGAUCCCGACUUCUACAGUCUUACAAAAGACUGGGAGCCUGAGGACUUCGAGUCGAGUCCCUCUGAUGAACAGCAAUUCGAGGCUUUUGAAAUAGGUGAUGUUGCAGAUAAGUAUCCGUCUGCAACCGUUCGUGGUAUUGAUAUCUUCCCGCCUCCUGUGACCUGGGUGCCGCCCAAUUGCGUAUUUGAAGUCGAUGAUAUUCUUCAAGACUGGACCUGGAAAGAACCGUUUGAUUUCAUACAUCUUCGCCUGUUGCUGGGUGCAUUUACUCCCGAGGGGUGGGAUGAGCUAUAUAAAAAAUGCUACGAUGCUCUUACUCCAGGCGCCUGGAUCGAACAGGUUGAACUAGACGUUCGACUAUACAGCGAUGACAACACUUUGAAAGAAGACAGCUACCUGGGCGGGUGGGGAAACAACUUCAUUGGCUGUUCCGAGCGAAGCGGUCGCUCCCUACUUACCCAGGAAAGCAUGCGAGGUACAAUGGAGAAGGCUGGAUUUGUCGAUGCGCAUGAAGUCUUAUAUAAGAUACCUGUGGGGCCUUGGCCAAGAGACAAGCUUCUCAAGGAGACUGGGCGUCUUCAAUAUCUCCACUGGACUACAGCCCUGGAGGGCUGGGCUAUGUGGCUUCUUACCAAGUUUGGAGCGCCAUCCCCUUGGAGCUCUGAUGAAGUCCAGGUUUAUUUGACCAAGGUCCGAUCUGAGUUGAGGAAUCCUCACGUACAUGCUUUUGAAUAUGCUCGUCGAGUUUGGGCGAGAAAGCCCACUGAGGAGGAAUUGGAAGCAAGAGCUCAUAUAAAGGUCGAGCCUCAACAUUGGCCAUAG